AUGUCGACAUCAAAAUCUGAAAAAGGUGAAGAAAGUUUUGCAGAGGGAGAAAGUAAUAACGAAAGUGAUGAUGACAGUGGUAAUGAUGGCGGGCAUGAAGCAAAUAAUAAUAAUAAUAAUUGCAACAAUGGAAGUGCUGAGGCCUGCACAAAAGAAGAGACACCGGUGGCACGGAACGGGAAUAAUAGCGAAUCCCCGCCACAACAAGAAGAGAAACCCGCCACCCAGUCCAGUAUUCUUGCGCUUUCUUGGUGUUGGGGAAUGGUGGAUCUUUUAAGGCUGAAAAAUUUCACAGAGUUAACAGAGGUGAAUGUUAACAACUGUGUUGACCUCGCAACUCUAAUGGGACUGAAAUAUUGCAAGAAAUUGAAAAGACUUAAUCUCCACAAGUGUACAAAACUACAAGACCUGUCGGAAGCGGGGAGUUGCUGGAGGUUGGAGACUUUGAUUGUGUGCGAAUGCGAGCGACUCGAAAAUUUGAGAGGGUUGGGGGGUCAUCAGAGAUUAUCGUGCGUCAGAAUUUCCCGCUGUGGGAUGCUCGCCGAGGUAAACCUCGACGGUACCGUAAAGCUCAAAAAAUUGUCCAUUGACGAAUGCUGGGCACUGAAAGAGGUUUAUGUAACAAGAUGUAAAACAUUAGAAUCGGUUGCACUUGUCGACUGCAGCCGACUAAAGAGUUUGUGUGGGCUCGUCCACCUGGUGUCUCUAAAAUCACUUAAUCUGGAGGGGUGCAUAAGCAUCGCGGAAAUCGGGACCUUGAACACAAAUAAUAAGUUGGAAAGACUCAACCUUGGAAAUUGCUUUAUGUUGACAGAUAUGGAAUUUCUGAAUCACUGCAUGAAGCUGAAGAGAGUGGUGGCUCUGGGAGUCCCCAUAGAUGAAGUGGUGAAAAGUAAUUUAAGGAAUAGGGGCGUCAGAGUUAUUGAUGAAAACGAUGUGGAUGAAUCAUACAAGUGUUACCAACGACAAUAUCUGGAACGGGCAUCCGUUGCGGAAAAGUCGUUACAGUGGGAGGAAAAUGUUAAGGAAAUUCUCUCGUACCCUCGUUAA